AUGGCGGAGCCUCCCACGCCAGCGAGUGAAGAGGAGAACAUUCCACUUCCCACGGGCGUUUUCACCCUCCUAACAGAAUGCUAUUCCCCCACAUGCAGUAGGGACUCGCUCUGUUAUUCCAUUGCGUGUCCUCGUCGGUUGGAGCAACAGUCACGUCUGAACAUGAAGCCCGAGCCGGUCCUGAAAAACGAGGACUAUCAGCCGGAGACGGAAUUGAUUGAACCUGGGACUUUAUGGAUCCAUUCAGUUCCUCAAGAGGUUAUCGACAAGGUCUCAGAGACCGAGAAGAAGCGCCAGGAGGCAAUUAACGAAGUCAUAUACACAGAGCGUGAUUUUGUGCGAGAUAUGGAGUACCUCCGAGACUUCUGGUACAAGCCGCUGUCGACGUCGGAUGUUAUUGAGGAACCUCGACGCACGGACUUCCUGCAACAGGUGUUCUGGAAUAUAUCGGAGAUCAUCGCUGUGAACAGCAAGCUGCGGGAUGCCCUGAACAAACGACAAAAGGGCUUCGCCAUCGUCGAAAAAAUAAGUGACAUUCUCAUAGAGCAUGUGCGAAACUUUCGACCUUUUGUCACCUAUGGUGCACACCAGCUCUAUGGCAAAGCUGAGUUCGAGAGGGAGAGGACAUCUAAUCCUGCAUUUGCCAAGUUCGUUGAUGAAACCGAACGACUUCCAGAGUCGCGCAAGUUAGAGCUCAAUGGUUACUUAACAAAGCCAACCACUCGACUGGCGCGUUAUCCCCUGCUAUUGGAUGUAGUGCUCAAGUAUACCCCUGAAGACAACCCUGAUAAAACUGUCCUCCCUGAAGUGAUCGCCAUCAUCCGAAAGUUCCUCGUUGAGGUCAACUUUGAAACUGGCAAGGCAGAGAACCGGUUCAGUUUACUGCAAUUGGACCAACACCUCGUGUUCCGACCUGGGGAGCAGGCGGAUUUACGACUCCGAGAUGAAAAUCGAGAGCUGGUCUAUAAAGGUGCCCUUAGUCCAAAGAAUGGAAGUUCUGGUGCUGGGGAGGACCUUCAGCUUUUCUUGUUUGAUCACGCACUUCUUAUGGUGAAGGCGAAAAGCAACAGCAAAAGCGAGCAGUUGAGGGUAUACCGAAAGCCAAUUCCUUUGGAGUUGUUAAUCAUCAUUGCGGACGACGAUCGACCUACCAAAGGAACCAGCUCUGCUAGGACGAAGUCGGCCCUGGUGAAAGGUCGCAGUAAUUCACUCGGUCGAAAUUCUCCAGCCCCAUUAUCGUCCACGAAAGCAAACGGGCUAGGCUUUCCCAUUACCUUCGUCCACCUCGGGCGAAAGGGAUAUAACCUGACCCUCUAUGCGAAUACGCCGAUAUCGCGGAAGAAGUGGUUGGAGAAUAUCUAUAAGCGGCAGGAGGUUUUGCGAGAUCGGAGCGCAAUUUUUGACAUGGUCACUCUCAGUGAGAACUUCUUCGUGGGUGCUAAUAAGGUUUUGUGUGCCUGUCCAUUCAGCGGAGGCAACAAGGUUGCUUACGGCACCGAUGAUGGCGUAUACAUUUCGGACGUCCGGGUACUCACCCAGGACCCCCUCAAAGUGUUAGCUAUCCCAGACGUGACGCAGGUCGAUGUUCUGGAGGAGUAUCAGCUUCUUAUUGUUCUGUCCGAAAGAACGGUGAUGACCUUCCCGCUGGAUGCCUUGGACUACACAGAUCCAAUCGCUGGUCUUCGCCGGGCUAAGCGAGUUGCUUCUCAUACUUCGUUCUUCAAGGCUGGCAUUUGCCUUGGGCGGACUUUUGUCUGUGUCGUCAAAGCAUCCUCCUUGUCCAGCACUAUCAAGGUGCUGGAGCCGAUCGACCAGACGGUUCGCGGCAAGAACAAGCCCACGUUUCGCAAGCUCCUCCAGGGGGGAAAUGACACGCUCAAGGAAUUCUAUAUUCCAACAGAGUCAAGCUCACUGCACUUCCUCAAAACGAAGCUUUGCGUCGGGUGCACGAAGGGCUUCGAGAUCGUUGAUCUCGAAACGCUUGACACCCAAGGGUUACUUGAUCCCGCGGACGUGUCGCUCGACUUCGUUCAGAAGAGGGAGAACGUCAAGCCGAUUGCGAUCUAUCGCAUUGACGGAGAGUUUUUACUAUGCUACGACGAAUUCGCCUUCUUUGUCAACAAGUCUGGCUGGAGAUCCAGGCCUCAUUGGAUCGUGUACUGGGAAGGCAUUCCAAGCGCCUUUGCUUUACACUAUCCCUACGUUUUGGCAUUCGAGCCAACAUUUAUCGAGGUUCGGCACAUCGAAACUGGUAUCCUUGUCCAGAUUAUACCCGGCAACAACCUGCGUUGUUUGUUCGCUGAUUCGCCGCCAACUGUUGCCAGCCAUUCACAUUCUCUUUCUCAACCUCCUCAGCGGUCGCCGAUACCCCAAAACUCCUACAAUGGCCAACUGCCUCCAUACGGCACGCAACGACCUGGCUACGACCUAUACACGAUGGGAGGCAUGCCCCAACCGCCCCACAUGCGACCACCGCCUGCGCAGAACGGACGAGACGAGAUAAUCCUCGUCUCCGAGGAUCGGGUUUUCUGCGUCAAGCUGGCAACGGGUGUCCUUCCUGGUCAGACGUACAACAUGUCCCAAGCUUCUGCUUCUCUCGUUCCUCGGUGA